ACUACAACAGUGAGUUGUCAAACCGCCUUGAGUCUCUGGUCGCCCCUCACCAGCUUAUAAUAACAGUCCCCGCCUUUUCCAUGCUUGAAGUGUUCGCUUUCUCAACUCCCACACUCUCUCUCUCUCUCUCACUGCCAUCCGACACUCAAGGUUGUGGCAGAUCAUCUGAAAUUGUAUUCGACAUUAUUUUGAGAUGCCAUCUAAAAGUCCUGAUUCAUCCGAUCAAGACAAAGAACCAUUUGUUGAAGUAGAUCCAUCUGGACGGUUUGGUCGGUACAGUGACCUCCUUGGUACUGGUGCUGUCAAGAAAGUUUAUAGGGCAUUUGAUCAACGGGAAGGAAGAGAUGUGGCAUGGAAUCAGGUUCAAUUAAGGAAGUUCAGCAAUGAUCCUUCUGUCAUCAAAAGGCUUCAGGCAGAGAUUGCAUUGCUGAAGUCAUUGAAGAAUGAGUACAUUAUUGUUCUCUACAGUUUUUGGAAGGACACUGAGCGUAACACAUUGAAUUUCAUCACUGAAGCAUGCACGUCAGGGAAUCUGAGGGACUAUAGGAAGAAACAUCGCCAUGUGUCAAUGAAGGCCUUGAAAAACUGGUCAAGACAGACACUCGAGGGCUUAAAUUAUCUCCAUACCCAUGACCCUUGCAUAAUUCAUAGAGAUCUCAAUUGCAGUAACAUUUUCAUCAAUGGAAACAUCGGAAAGGUCAAGAUUGGUGAUCUGGGCUUGGCAGCAAUAGUGGAGAAGAGCCAUCAUGCGCAUUCAUUAUUAGGGACACCAGAGUAUAUGGCGCCAGAACUGUACGAGGAAGAUUACACAGAGUUAGUGGACAUAUACUCGUUUGGAAUGUGCUUGCUCGAAAUGGCAACCAUGGAGAUACCGUACAGUGAAUGUGACAGCAUAGCCAAGAUAUACAAGAAGGUGACAGCCGGAGUGAAGCCUGAAGCCAUGAACAAAGUGAGUGAUCCAGAAUUGAAGAGCUUCAUUGAGAAGUGCAUUGGCCAACCAAGAGCAAGACCCUCAGCUGCUGAUCUUCUCAAGGACCCGUUCCUUUUUGAAGAUGACCGUGUUGAGGAGAACCUUUCAGGUACUCUCAAUUCAGGUGAACUAGCACAUCUUGAAUCAAAAACUGAAGCAGUUAAUUAAACCCCGGGCCGAAGCAGUUGAAGCUGAGUAGUCAAAAACUGAAGCAAGUUCUGAGGGUAAUUUUGGAAUACACAAAUUAAUGACAAAAACUUCAGAAGGAGAAAACAACGAAAAUGUAUUCUCGCUUUUAUAUAUUAGUAUAGAUAUAAAUAACAGUCUCAUGUAUGUUAAUCAAUACAGAGGCUGUGUGUAAUUUUUUAAAAUAUUCAAUGCCAGGGCUAAGAAACAAAAUUUCAUCGAAAUGGGCAAAAUGUUUCUGCUUC